GCCCAGUGUUAGAGCCAGUGUCCGCUCUUGUCCGGCUCUGUCUGUGGCACCAAGCUUUGCCGACAGCUGGCCAUCUUGUCGCUUCAUCUUUACAACUUGCCCUUCCCUGGGACGCAGAAUUUGAGCUCGGGGAUGCCGAGCAGCGUCAAGGUCACAGAGCUAAUAGAAUGGCCAUAGUUAGAGUGAUCAAUCUGGCGCAGAGAAGAGCUUUAUCUGGUGGGUGGGAGCUGGGGGUAGCUGGGAGGAGGUGGUUGGUGUUUGGACUGGGUCUUGAAGGGGGAGCUAUGAAAUUAAGGCCCUGGAUGGGGACAGAAGGUCCCCCAGGAUGAGGUCCCCAGACCCCAGGACUGGAUUCAAAUUUAGCACUGACCUCAGGCAAGCUGUCACCUUCGAAGCUCCAUGGUGCUGUUGUGAGGAUUAAGUCAGGGGACACCUGUAAAGCCCUGUGUGCUUCCCAGCCCAUGUAAAUGCCCAGUACAUGUCUGCUUCCGCCAUCAUCAUGGAUGUAGGCUGAGGGAGAAAUGGAAAGGGAACAUCCCACAUGCAGAUCAUCUUCAUCUCUGAGGGGCAGGAUUAAUUUUUUUACUUCAUUUUUUUGUAUUGGAGUUCAGUUUGCCAACAUAUAGCAUAACACCCAGUGCUCAUCCCAUCAAGUGCCUCUGAGGGGCAGGAUUAAUGAUGAUUCAUAUUUUGCGUUUUUAUACUCUUCUGCAGUUUUCUCACAAGGGGCAACUAUUGCUUUUAUAGACGUUUAAGAGCCUCUUAAGUUACCUUUUGCAGGAGCAAGUUCCUCAAGUGUUGAGAAGCACAGCAGUUUCUGGCUUCCAGCAAAGCCCUUCACCUUUUUGAGCUAGGUCUCUUCGCUUGCAAAACAGGAAUUUCUUUCCCUGCCCUGAGUACCCACCUCCGUGGGGAGUGUACAGAGGUGCUGGGAUACAGAGGCGAGGGGUUAUUAACUUAUUGAUUUGCUGUGGGUUUUUAAAUUGUUUUUCCAAGCUGAUUUCUGCAGCUCUUGACAGCCUCUCCUAGCUGUCGUCUCACUUUGGAGGAGGAGUAGUCAGGUUCUUUUCCUCCCUUCACACAAAGGCCUUGAGCGAGAGACAGGAGGCACUUGCCCCACAGCCAGACCGACAGGAAGACAACAGCAGAUGUGUGAUGUGAGCCGAGCAGCCUCCACACUCCGCUACUGCAUGACAGUCAGCGGCACGGUGCUUCUGGUAGCUGGGACCCUAUGCUUUGCUUGGUGGAGUGAAGGAGAUGCAGGCGGCCUGCUACUACUCCUCGGCCUGCUGUGGUCCAUCAAGGUCAGCACCCGGGGGCCUCCCCGACGGGACCCGUAUCACCUCUCCAGGGACCUGUACUAUCUCACUGUGGAGCCCUCGGAGAAGGAGAGCUACAGGGUCCCAAAGGUGGCUGCCGUCCCCACCUACGAGGAGGCCGUGUGCUGCCCGCUGGCUGCGGGACCCCCGACACCACCUGCGCAGCCCGUGGAGGAAGGCCUGGAGGACAGAGCCUCGGGGGAUGCCCUGCUGGGGGCCCAGUGCCCCCCGCCGCCCAGCUACGAGAGCAUCGUUGGUGCCGGUCAAGGCAUCUGUGGGCAAACAGUGCCUGGCCCCGGGUGCUCCUGCCCCGGCCCGGCUCAGGCCGCAGCGGGGGGACCUUGAAGGCUCCCCGUGGCCUCCGGAGCCGGGGACAGAGGCUGGGCCUCUGGUGGCUAGUCCAGCGCCUGGUCCACAGGAGGCACUCAACAACCCUUUGUUGCAGAAUGCUGUUGUAGUCACCUAUUGCCGUGCAACAGACGGCUUGGAAUAAACCCAUCUGAUCACC